AGAGACAGAGGCAGAGAGGGAGAGAGAGAGACAGAGAGAGAGAGACAGAGAUGGCAGCACCUUCGACCAAGAACAAGAUGAGGCCAUACAAGGUUUUGAUACUGCUGGUUUUCACGGCAGCAGUGGCGGGAGUGAUGGUGCUGAACAAGGUCAAGGAUAAACAAGCUCACGAUAUCCUCAUCCGGGAGAAGGAUGGAAUGAUCAAGAUUCUCAACUUGAGAUAUGAGAGGGAAAAAGCUUAUUCACAAGAACUGCAAAGUAAGGUGGAGAGCAUGAGAGCGAAAAUUGAAUCCCUCAAGACCCACAAGGCAAAAUUGAAUAGCAAGCUCAUAGAGUUGCAGUCUGUAAUGACUGCCCUCAAAGAAAAACGCAAAAUCCUGGGCACAGCUCUUGAAAAGAAGCAGAAGAAGAUUACUAGCUUAAAGGAAGAAAAGAGCCUUUCAAGGAAAUUAUACGCUCAGCUUGUAGCUUUGAAGGAAACACUGAAGCAGAAGGAAGACGAGAUCCAUGAGCUCAAGCGCCUAAAUGGAAAUCCUUCAGCUUUCCAGUCCAUUGUUUCGCUUGGUACUCGUAACUCUCCCACCAAUGCUAUAGAUACGAAGAACGCAACGGAAGAAGCUGCGACUACACAUCAGCAUUCCAGAAACAAAAAAAGUGACGAUUCAGAGAGAAGGCAAGAUGAAACAAUUGUCCUCGUCACAAACUUUGAUGCACGAGAAAAUCCACGGAAUGCUACUGAGGAGCCACUUGAAAACCAAGAAGCCAAUGCUACAGGUAUUGAUUCCGGAAGCAGGGAUAGCCGUGCAAAUACUCCACAUAAAGGUAAUAUCACCAAAGGUCAUGGAGAAAAUUUGGGUGACACCGACAUCAACCACAAUAAGCAGGAGGAUGAUGUGAAGGACGAUGACUGAACCCCCAGAAAUGUGUUGGCACAAAAGUUGCAGAGGUUGAAGACGUGACCGACAAAUGCAUCAAACGAUAUACCAAAAAUGGAUGAACAGGCACAGACGAAGAGUAUUAGCAAGAUGACAACAAAGACAAAGCAGCCACCAAAAUGUAACUGGUUAAUUAGUUUAUUUCAAAGAAAAAGAAGGAAAAGCUCCCAGGGAGCAGCAAUAAUUUCUUAUCCUAGUAUUUGACCACGUAAUAAUCAAGGUGGAGAGAGCAAGUCAUAAUAUAUGUAUCAAACACAUACUGAUUAUUUUUGCCAACGUGAUUUUCAUUUUACAUCUAUCAGUUCAGUGGAAAUGCAACGAGCUAAAUAGUCCAUCGUAGAUAUUUUAAGUCAAAAACUAUAAAAUUUUUUAUCCAUUGAAGCCUUCAUUGAGCUCAAAGAGCGAGCAUGAGAAGAAACCCUGAUUUUUAACAUCCGUAAUCAAUCAGGUGAAAGUUCAAAACCUUUGUAGGGAUCUACAACCUCUUGUAGAUGCCAUCACCAAGACAGGAAAACUUUAUUUUUCAAAGGCUGAUGAAGCAAGCAGACACCGCAGUUCCAAGCAACUUAGUGGGUCCCAUCUGAUACUUUUUGCAAAGGCCAUUACAGAAGCUUGCUCAAAAUGAUAAACGACUGAUGUCAAAGCUUUGAAAAUUUAAAAUGAGAAACAAGCAAAAGGAACGAUUUGGUUAGAUCAGUGAUAAGACUUUCAGUUUAUGUCCAAAACGCAGUGAAAAUAUUGCCAAACCUCUACCAUCUGAGCAUGAGCAGAAGAGAAUGGAAGUUUCCCCAAGGGGUGACUUGACCUAUACCUAAAAGAUAUUAUGCCCUUAAGUAACCAACCCCCCUUGCUACUGUUUAAUAAAAACAAAGAGGAUACCUAGGGUUUUCAUAGUCUCUACAAUCAAAUCUGAUGUUCGAGGACUCAUAAGCAGGAAAACACGCCCUUGACAUGUGCAAGCACAUACAGGUAGCAUGUACAUGUUCUUGCAUCAGCAUGGAAACAUGAAGCAUGAAUCACGUGUUCACAUGCGCACUUACAUUAUCUGCAUGAUAGCAAAAGUCCAGCUUCACAAGAAGUUGGCACAAAUUCACUUCGGUCCAGGAGCAACAGAUACAAGUUUACAAUGUUUCACAGCAUUCUCCACUCUCUAGAUCAUUCAUGUACUUGAUUACCUCAUUAUAACAAACCAGUCAUAGGAAAAUGAACCUUACAUGCAAGCUCUAAUCUGAACACCCAGAGCCGCUUAAAUCAUAUGCAUAGUGGUUGUAGUUUUUGUGUCUUUAGACUCUUCAC